AUGUGGCGGCCUGUGCAGCGUCGGCUCCCGCUUGCCUGGGCGCACCGCGAGGUUGUCCAGCCUAUCCGAUGUCGGUCGAGCUUAUCUAUCAACCGGCGUCAACUUUCCAGCUCCUCGUUACGUUUCCCGACUUACUCCCAAUUUGACAGGUCAGACUUUACCAGUCAGCCAUAUACAUCAAGCUAUGAGACUGGACUUCCGACCUCUGGACCUCUAGGGUCGACACCGGCCUUUGGAGCUCCGCGCAUAACACCCAAGGUCCUGAAGCAGUAUCUCGACCAGUAUGUCGUGGGCCAGGACCGCGCAAAGAAGGUGUUGAGUGUUGCUGUCUACAACCAUUAUCAGAGAGUACAGGAAGUGCAAAGACGGGAAGAGGAGGCGGAAGAACUUCUCAUGAAGCGACAGCGGAGAGAAGCGCUGGAAGGUCACCCCUUAGAAGAGGAAUUUCCCGGUCAGCCGCGUCCAGUCGGUCUCCCGUCUACACCAAAGUCCCGCCAGGCCACUCCGCUAGACCAAACAGAGCUGGUCGAUACAUCACCACUACAGUUGGACAAGUCCAACAUUUUGCUACUUGGACCAUCCGGCGUUGGUAAAACACUCAUGGCGAAGACGCUGGCUCGAGUCCUAUCGGUACCUUUCAGUAUCUCAGAUUGUACACCUUUCACGCAGGCUGGCUACAUCGGAGAAGAUGCCGAGACUUGCGUUCACCGACUUCUGGCCGCUGCGAACUAUGACGUCGAGCAGGCGGAACGAGGAAUUAUUGUUCUUGAUGAGGUGGACAAAAUUGCGGCUGCAAAGGUCAGUCAUGGCAAGGAUGUCGGCGGCGAAGGGGUGCAGCAAGCGCUUCUAAAGAUCAUCGAGGGCACUACGAUCCAAGUGCAGGCCAAAAAUGAGAAGAAUCCGCGGAGUAAUAGCCCUCCGAACUCCUAUCCCUCUAACAGUCCGCUGGGAAAUACACCAUUCCAGCCACACAAUAACAAUGCUGCCGCCAAGGGCGAGGUGUACAACGUGCGCACGGACAACAUCCUGUUCGUGUUCUCUGGCGCAUUCGUCGGUUUGCAAAAAGUGGUGAUGGAUCGCAUCUCUCGUGGCUCGAUCGGCUUUGGUCAACCAGUUCGUUCAGCGUCAAGCACGAGUGAUUAUCCUGGUCUUCCAAAUGCUUCGCACAACGAACCACUUCCCAUUCUCCCCGGGUCCGACGAAGAAGCACUAUACAAGAAGCACCUCCCCUUUUUCACAUCCGCAUCUCCAGUGCCAGGUGGCGAGCCCACAUAUUUCAACGCACUUGACCUUAUAACCCCAGCGGACCUGCAAAGCUACGGCUUCAUCCCCGAGCUGAUUGGCAGGAUUCCCGUCACCGCCGCACUUUCGACACUAACUCAACCCUUACUUUUGCGCAUCCUUACCGAACCCCGCAACUCUCUGCUCGCCCAAUACACAACUCUUUUCUCGCUCUCUGGCAUUGAAUUACGCUUUACCACGCCAGCUUUGCACAAGAUUGCAGCGAAUGCCUUCACAAUGGGCACGGGAGCUCGCGCUCUACGUACCGAGAUGGAAACUAUUCUCAGCGACGCGAUGUUUGAAGCUCCUGGCUCCAGCGUCAAAUUCGUUCUCGCCACCCAGGCUGUAGCCGAGCGCAAGGAGAAACCUAUUUAUCUCGCUCGUGGCCAAGGCGGGAAGUUCCACGCUAUGAUCUCCGCCGAGGAGAGCGAGUGGGAGGAAAAGACAAGGCGCGACAAAAAGGACAAGAAGGACAAGGCCAAUCGCGAUGACGGAAACGAACAUUCAUCGAACUUCCAGGAAUAUCGGAAGCGAUCGAUAGGCUAA